GGCGGGGAGCCCAGCAUUGCCGAGGGAGCAGCAGAAUCAAAACAAGCGAGACACGCCUUUUCCCUGGCUUGCAUUUCUUCCGCGGCGAGGCGUCUGUGGACGCGCGCCCGCGCGUGUGAGUGUGUGUGAGUGUGAGCGUGCGUGCAUGCGACGGGGCCGCGGUGCGUGAGCGAAGGACGAGUGUGCUGCUCCGCCUGACAAUGGAGCUGCAAUAGGCGGGGGUCGGCGGUGGUAGCAGCAGCAGCACCAGAGGUAGCAGCACUGCCACCAAGAGCCUCCGCCGCCUCCUCCUCAGCCUUCCCGCUGCGACCCGCUCCUCCUCCUCCUCCUCCCUUGGCGAUGCCGAACCAGAAGAGUAACAAGGGCAAGAAGAACAAGCGCGCCAACAGCAGCGGGGACGAGCAGGAAAAUGGAGCCCUGGCCGCGACGGGAGCUGUGGGCGCCGGAGGAGUCCUGGCCGCCGUGGCUGCAGUCGGAGCAAGCGGGCCCAUGGUGGCUGCAGGAGGUGGAGGAAGCUCCGGGGGAGCGACGGCGGCGACGGGCUCGGCUUCCGGCGACUCCAAAAACGAAGCACCUUGUGCUACACCAUUGUUGUGUAGCUUUGGACGGCCUGUUGACUUAGAAAAAGAUGACUACCAGAAAGUUGUUUGCAACAAUGAGCAUUGUCCCUACAGCACUUGGAUGCAUCUUCAGUGUUUUUAUGAAUGGGAGAGCAGCAUUCUGGCUCAAUUUAAUUGCAUCGGAAGAGCAAGGAGUUGGAACGAGAAACAGUGUCGGCAAAAUAUGUGGACCAAGAAAGGAUAUGAUCUUGCCUUCCGUUUUUGUUCAUGUCGAUGUGGGCAAGGCCAUUUAAAAAAGGACACGGAUUGGUACCAAGUAAAACGAAUGCAAGAUGAAAAGAAGAAAAAAUCAGGGUCCGAAAAAAGCAGUGGAAGAUCAACAUCUGAGUCUUCAGAAGAUCUUAAAAAGUGCAGGUCUGCUAACAAACCACAGAAAGGUUUAAACCAUGAUCUCCAACGACGGCAUUCAAUGGAUAGGCAAAACUCUCAAGAGAAAGGCACUUCUAGCAGUAGCUAUGCAGUACGUUCUCCCUGUGGUUCUCCUGGACAGUCCCCCCCUGCAGGUUAUUCUGUCCUUGCCCCCACCCAUUUCAGUGGACCCCGCUCUUCACGAUAUUUAGGAGAAUUUUUGAAGAAUGCAAUUCAUUUAGAACCUCAUAGAAAGAAUAUGGCCAAUAGUGGUAUGUUUAGAAAUGCUCACUUUGAUUAUGGGACAUCUGGGUUACAAGCACAUAGAUCAGGACAUUUUGAUGCUCCAGUACAAUUUUUGAGAAGGCUUGAUCUAUCUGAACUCCUUGCUCACAUACCUAGGCAUAAAUUGAACACUUUCCAUGUCCGUAUGGAGGAUGAUGCCCAAGUGGGUCAAGGAGAAGAUUUACGGAAAUUCAUUCUUGCAGCACUCAGUGCCAGUCAUCGAAAUGUUGUCAACUGUGCGUUAUGCCAUAGAGCAUUGCCUGUAUUUGAACAGUUUCCACUGGUGGAUGGAACCUUGUUUCUUAGCCCGUCAAGACAUGACGAAAUUGAGUAUGACGUUCCCUGUCACCUUCAAGGAAGGCUUAUGCACCUAUAUGCUGUUUGUGUAGACUGUUUAGAAGGGGUUCAUAAAAUUAUCUGCAUAAAGUGCAAAUCUCGGUGGGAUGGAAGCUGGCAUCAGCUGGGAACCAUGUAUACUUAUGACAUUCUAGCAGCCUCUCCUUGUUGUCAGGCUCGGCUGAACUGUAAACACUGUGGGAAACCUGUUAUAGAUGUACGUAUUGGGAUGCAGUAUUUCUCAGAAUACAGCAACGUUCAGCAGUGUCCACACUGUGGAAAUUUGGACUAUCAUUUUGUGAAGCCAUUUUCCUCAUUUAAAGUUCUGGAGGCUUAUUGACAAAAGCUUUGCCAUAGUAAUAGCUAUUUUAUGAGUAUUGUUCCAUUUAUUUUACAUAUCUUUUAUAAGAUCUGCUCUGUGAAGGGGAGGGGGGCUUUUUUUCUAAUUGAAAGGAAAGUGCAGCAAGCUUUGCGUGGUUAUGUACAUGUGUUCCUGUGUAGAUGUGUGUCAUUCAGACAGAGGUCCUCUUGCCAUGAUUUCAGUGAAGGCUAGAGAUGCAGCACCAUCUUUUUUUGUCUCUCUAUCAUAUUAUCCUAGCUCUUUUCCAGAUGUGUUGGGAUCACACUGCCUGGGUAUUCUGAAAAAAAUGUUCCAUCACAUCUGGGAAAUUGUCUAUAUUCACCCAGGUUGGAGUGAAAAUUCCAUUCUAUUUGUUCCCUUUAUUGUUAAAUGAAACAGUGACUUCAAGUUUUUGUAGGUUGGAGAGAUGAACAGAUUUUCAUAAACAUGUAGAAGAAAGAAAAUUGUAGGUCUGCCCAGAUGAAGCGGGAAACCCAGCAUCAUGGGAGUAGAGUUCUGCUUAUAGAUAAGGUCAGUGGUGGGAUUCAGCCAGUUCGCAUUGGUUCAGGCAAACUGGUUAUUAAAUUACUCACCCCUACUAUCAAAGUGGAUCCUGGGUGCUGCACUGCAAUGGAAAAACAGGCAACAGAGAGGCCAGUAUGAAGGAAGAAGAAGGCCGCUUUCCCUCUUUCUUCUCCCUGCUCCUCCUACUUCUCUCAUGCUGGCCAUUCUGUUGCUCAUUUCUCCAGUGUAGUGCAAUGCCCAGGAUCUACUUUGAUAGGGGGGGUGGGUGGUAAUUUAACAACCUGUUUGCCUAGGGUCAGGUUGGCUGUUGCCGGAGGCUUAUCCCACCUGUGUGGUGGAGCUGGAGGAUGGGGAUGGGCCACGCCUCCCAUGACAGCCAACCUGACCCUGGGCAAAUCAGUUGUUAAAUUAUUUGAAUCCCACCAUUGGAUAAGGUAGUCCCUCAGUCUUCUGCUGAGCCCUGAAUAUCAGUUCUGAAGAGUGGGAGCUGAACAGAUUUUGAAGAUAUUGGGGGAAUAGAAAGUGGUUCUAUGCUAAGCAGCACUCUCAUUACUACUGCCUUUUCCCAUGCACUCUAAUAUAUUUCAAGGCCUAAUAUAAAAUAUGGAAGAGGGAGGGGAGGUGUUACAAAUUACAAUUAACAUCAAAUGCUUAAUGUUAAUCCUCAGACUUCAGGUUUGUAUGCAGAUCCUAUCUGUACAUUUUAGAUGAACUAAGAAAGGAUACUGGGUAGUUGUACAGCCAGAUUUUCAAAGACAUUUUCCUUGUGUGCACCUCUGUCCAUCCAAUAUCUUCAUAUUUUGCUCCUUUGUGGAACUUACAUCAUUCCUGGGAGCAAAAUCAGGAUUUGAUAAUAUUAGUAGUGCUGGUUAAUAUAGUUAGAGGCUCUGUUUGUUGAGAUAAACUUAACCAUUGACAAAUGAAUGUAAUACUAUAUCAAAAAAUGCACUGUUUAAAACAGUUUUAUUUUUGCAUAGUGUCUUCCUGGGAUAUAUAUUUGAUAAUCAUAGUUACUCUCACUGACAGAUCAUACUGUUUCCACUAACACUAUAAUUCAAACAGUCAGGGAAAUUUCUACAAAAACUUGCAAUUUUAAUAAGUUGUGUUAUUUCAGCUUUUUUCAAGCAUUUUAAAGUCACCUUAGAGUGUUUGGUAAUACUGCAAAACUCAUUACAAAAUCUGUUAUCAAGAGAGGAAUCUGCAACUUAUGUUGCAAAUUUUUUUAUUGUGAUUAACCCUUGUCUCUUGGUACAGCUAUAGUAAACUAUAUUCAAACUAAAUGAAGGAUGAUAGAUUAGUGUGCCUACCUGUAAAAUAAUUUUCCUAUAGGUUGAAAUAUUUAAUAAUUUCUUUACAGUAUUUCAAAAGUGUUCUCUAAAACUGAAUGGUGUCUAUAGAACAGUUUUUAUUAGUUGUUCACAUAUCAUCAGGUAAAAUUUCUGCAGAAAUACUCCCAAGAUUAUGUGUGCAUAUAUGGGCUGUGUAUAAACAAACAAGGAAUUAAUUAAAAGACUUUAGCAUACUUAAGGUUCAAAAAAGCUGCUAAAGAUCUUAAUAAUUAAUGGCUUAUACUAUCUUGUUGAAUAACAGAUCUCAAUAUUUUGAACCUCCCUGCUGUUUUUGGAUACAUGUUAUCAUGUGAGGUGCAUUAUGACCCAUGACUUGUGGAAUUCAUUUUAUGUCUUUUGAAUCCUAGUAUGAAUUAAGUCAUAUUAAAAGAGGUUAAACCCACUUUUUGGUACCUAUUUUGAAACGACACUUUUAGUUAAUUUAAUUUUUUUUUAAUUUAUGAGAAAUUAAAAGUGAAAUAAUUGAAACCGAAGAAAUUUAAGGACAAAAUAAUUGUUUUGUGAUUAUUGUUCUUUUAUCAGUGUUGUAGUUACUUUAUCUUUACAUGUGGAAUUUUUUUUUUGUUAAAAGUGAAUGGUCAGUCUUUUGAAAUUUGAUAGUCUAAGUAUUUGGUUUUUCAGCACAAAUUGUUCAACUUUAGAAACAAAUGAUCUACUUGAAAAUGGAAUGUUUUAUUGAACUAUAAUUAUAACAUUAUUUCCAAAGAUGAGCAGGUAAAUGUAAUUUUUGUAGAUCAGCACUAAGGAGCAAAUGAGCUGUCACAUCAGAAAUUUGUGAUAAUAUUUUGCAAUAUCAUUUUAUUUUAGGUUUUUAUGGAUAUUGCAUGUGAUAAUUUGGUGUCUACUGCAAUGAUGUGAUGGGUCAGUGUGAGCAGUAUAAACCUCUUUCCUUUUCCACAGUUGUUGUGAAAUGUAGCAACAGCAACAUUCAGUUAUUAUUUGGAUGACUAUUUUAGGCUACUUAGCUCAAAACAGCUCUGGGGGGGGGGAGAUUAGCUGUUCUUCAUUCAACAUGAUGCAACCUCCAUCAAGUAGCCCUGAAAAUAUAUAUAUAUACAGAGAAAUAAUUUCAAUUUUUAAGUGCAGUUUUCUCUGCUUUGUUUCCAAUGUUUGGGUCUGCAGAUUUGAGAGUACUAGUUUUCAGACCAACUGAAGAGUGUUAUUUGGGGGAAGAUAGUUCUAGUGUGUGUAAGCUCUUUAGAGUUUUGGUGGAUCUGAUCACUCCAAAUUUUGUACUGGGUAAUAAACAUUGUGUAGCAACAAUAAUCUAUUGAAAAGAAAAUGCUGCAUUGGGAUCAUGGCAAGCAUGAAUGAAAAGACACACAUGCUUCAAAAGUAUAAUAAAAUGGAUAUCCAAUAAUAUGUGGUCUCAUAAACUAUGUUUUCUUUCAGCCCUGCAAGAUUGUCAAACUCUUUUCAUAGCUUGCAUAUGAAUUUGAAAUAUUUGGAAUCUAAUUUCCAAAAACAUUUAUUGAUAACAUUAUUGUAAUUAUUCAAGAGAGGGGAACAGUAGUGAAGUAUUUUACUUUUCAACUCAAUUGGAUUUUUCUAUUGAGGCCUUUCCGAUACUGUUUAUUUUCUUAUUUGCAUGCCGUGUACAAUUUAGCAUUUGGUUUGGAUAAUAAAUCAUGUUGCUUUUCCCCCCCACCAUGUAAUAAAGAUAUGAACAUUAGCAGUUGUAUAUAUGUCACUGCCUGAGACAGAUAGAAUUCCUUCCUAAUUGAUACAUUUGAUUGACAUUAAAUUAUACAGGAAUGAUAGAGGCUGUGAACUCAUUUAUGUGCAUGCAUUACCCACAACCUGCAUGCAUAGAACACAAUGUUAUUACUGGGUAACAAGUUUCAUAAGGGCUAUCGCUACUCCUCUCUACUUUACUCAGUGUGGAUUGCCCAGGAACGCUCAUAUCCAUAGCCAUAAUUUUUUUAGGUUAACAGGUAGUAUUCAUCAACUUUCUCAUUCAAAAUUUAAGGUGAGUUGUACUAAAAAUAGAGUAGCAGCAUAGUAAUCCAAAUGCAAAUCACAGAUACCAAGACCAAGAAAGAUGUAAAGCAAAUAAAUACUAUGGUUGCAAUUUAGAAAAUGCAUACAGUUGUGUGUGUAUGUGUAUGUGUGUGUAUGAGAGAUAGAGAGAGAGAGUGGGAGAGAGAGAGAUGGUUUCUUCUGCACCCCCCCCCCCCCCCCCCCCGGCAGAUAUUUAGCAUCCUUAGUAUUGAAGAAAAUUGCUCCUAGGGAGCUUCAUGUAUUCAUUGAAGCUGGCGGUAUGAAAUUGGGGUUCUAUGGGAUAUGUUGGCUAUAUUUUAGCAUCUGCUCAAAUUAUGUCUCCACAAGUGCAUGUUGUGUGUAUGACCAUUUAAAAAAAGGCAUUUGCAGAAUUGCAAUUAAUCUUAAAUGAUACAGGAUCAAGACAUUGAGAGAGAAUUGAAUGAAUUGCAGAAAAAAGGGUGUUCACUUUCAUUCAUGAAAAUCAUUUCUGGGCUGUUUACAUGCUAAAAUAAAUCUUACAAAUAAAUAUUUUUUCCCCAUUAAAGAAAGCAUAUUAGAAAUUCCUUAAAACCAACCCGAUAAUAGAUUGAUAUUUAUAGUGUAUAAAAUAUCUAUUGUGCGUUAGCAUCAUCAGUACCUCCCAAAAAUAAUGUUUCUUGAUAUAUAUGAAUUUGAAUUAAUUUGACUUUCAUGAUUGCAUAUAAUACAAUACCACAUAAACGAGGGCUGUUGAAAGAGGAGCUUCACAGUGUGUUAGACAGUGAACAGGGUAGCUUUCUUUGAAAUGUUCAAAGCAGCUGCAUCUUUUUUCUAAGUUCCCACAGUUGUUUUAGAAACUGGCACUUAUGGUCUCCAUGUGCAUUGACAUAUAUAGCCACUUCAUUUUGCUGAGGUGUGCAAUAGAGAUGUAUCCUGUACUGCAUCUGGCAGAAAUUUCUUUCCACAGCUGCUACCUUCAUAACAUCUGUAUUUUAUUGGUGACUUGUUUUUCUUCUUAAACAUUGCAAGACCAUGUUAAAUUCUUUUGCUGUGUCCACAUGAUCUUUUCCAAACUUGAUAAAACUUUUUAUUCACCGUGGCAUUUGUAUUUGAUAACACAAUGCUAUCAUUUUGGCACUAAAUUGUUCCAUGUGGGUAACCACACCUCCACAUAUAAAUAACAAAAUGAAGAUAUUGAAUGUUAAUCCUGCAUUUUCCCACCCUUUGUGAAGAAAAAGGAGAACAUGUUCCUAAAAAAUCAGCAGAAUAGUGUUACAAUUCAGCUUCAAAGACUGUUUGAUCACAAAAACAUACAUUUUAAACUCCAUUUAAAAACAUUAAGUGCACCUGAGACUAUAUGACUAUGAUGCUUAUUUGAUCAUUUUAAGUGAGUAAAUUACUGAAAACCAGAUUUGAGGCAACAGGUGAUUCUGUCAGUGUGCUCUUUUGAUAGGAAGACAUGUAGCAAAUUUAAUUUUUUUCUGAUUUAUUUGUACGAGGUAUUCAAGGGCAAAUUGUUGUGUGGUAUCCAGCUUGCCCUGUUUGCGUUUGUUCAGUAAAAGCCUUUUUUCCUCAAAAGGAAAAAAAAAGUUUUGGAUUGCACUUUUGCAGGGGAAAAAUAUGUACAUAGCAAAUGAAUGUUGAUAAACUUUAAAACAAUUGUUUAUGAUGCCAUUUUUGUGGUGUUAAAUUUUGAGGUUGUGAUUUAUCUGUAUUAAAAUAAUAAACUGUGGUGGAUUA